AUGAGUACCAAAUUAAAAAGUGGUUCAGAAAAACGGCGCCUAAAAGAUCAAAAAAUGCUAGUUAAAGCCGGUUCUGAUCCCAAACAAAAGAAGUUAUCAUUUUCAAAGGAAGUCGAAAUCACAAAUGUCAACUCAAACGAUUUCUCUGGUUUUUCAAAUGAAGACAAAGUUACCAUUUCGUCUGAAUCAGAAAAGAAACAAGACACAGAUACAAUUUGUGAACCAGAUUUACCAGUUGUUUCUGAUCAAAACAAAUACAUUUGUACUUCAACUGUGAACAUCGAAAAGUGUAUACAGGAAACAAUAUAUGAAGUUAAAGAAUCUACUAUCCGGGAAUCUAGUUCAACUUCUGUUUUUGGUGAUCAUCCAGUGGCAUCAACUAGUGAGAAUGUUCAUAAUUCAGAUUUGGUUAAUUGUGUAGAUGAUUUGGAUCUUGAUGUUAUUUCUAAUAAAUGUGUAUCUGAUACAAUAUUUAAUGAAGAACUUAAUGCUAAAUAUUUCAAAAAACCAGAUAAACAUAAUAUGAUUCAAUAUUGGCUUUUCCACCCCCAUCAACCAGAAACAAACAUUCCAUUUACUGCCUUGAAAACAUAUUUUCGAAAAGAUGGAGGAAGACGAAUGUGGGUUUCAUAUAACCAUGGAAAUUCAUCAUUACAUUGUUGUAUAUGUUUGGCAUAUGGAGAUGGCAGUGGUAGAUUUACAGUUGGUGUUAUGAAAUGGACACAUAUAUAUUUACGAAUUGAAGAACAUGAAGCAUCACUAACUCAUAAACAAAAUGUUGAUGCUCACAUUCUGAUGAAAAACUGUUCUUCUGUUGAUUCACUUAUUAAAUAUGGUCUGAGUUCGAUAAGAAAAAAAGAAAUUGAAAAUAAUAGACAGAUAUUAUUAAGAAUCAUUGAAAUCAUAAAGUUAAUAGGUAAACGUGGACUCAGUUAUCGCGGUAAAAAAUGUGAGGCAGCUUAUACAUUAAAUAACAGCAACUUGGAUCAUGGUAACUUUUUGGAAAUGGUACUUCUCGUUAGUAAAUUUGAUCCUAUACUUCAAGGGCAUUUAGAUAUUGUAAUUAAAAAGAGUGCAACUAUACAUAACUCUGGAUCUAAACAAGGUGGUGGUUUCGUUACAUUCUUGUCUAAAACUACUGUUAAUUACAUAACUGAUGCAGUAUCACAACUGAUCAAAUCUGCUAUUACCAAAGAACUUAAAAAAGCCGUAAUAUAUUCAGUUCAAUUGGAUACUACACAGGAUAUCACUGUUAUAGACCAAUGUUCAGUUAUCGUUAGGUAUGUAGUUGGUACAAAAAUACAUGAACGCUUAAUAGGAAUGAUUAAAUGCACCUCGAGCAAAGGCAUUGAUUUUGUCAAUUUAUUAUUAAAUACUUUGAAACAAAUGGGUAUUAAUCCAAAAUACAGUGUUGGAAAUUCAACGGAUGGAGCUGCAAAUAUGCAAGGUGUGUAUAAUGGAUUUUCUACAAAAUUGAACAAUAUAACAUUAACACAAACACAUAUCUGGUGUUAUGCUCACGUGUUGAACCUUGUUAUUUGUGAUGUAACAAACAAAAUUUUACAAGGUGUAAGUUUAUUUGGACUUUUAAAUGGAUGUGCUGUUUUUCUAAAAGAAUCCUAUAGUCGAAUGGAUGUAUGGCGUUCAAAAGGUACAAGACAAAGGAUAUGUACAAUAGGAGAAACGAGAUGGUGGUCAAAAGAUACAGCGUUAACCAAAGUUUUUGGUUACUUUAAUAAUCCCGAUAACUGUUUAUUUGUUGAAUUAAUAACUUCAUUAGAAGAAAUUUGUGAAAAUACAAAUAUUAAACCAGAAGCACGACUAAAGGCUAGUGGUUUUAUGGAAGGACUGUUUUCUGCCCACCAAAUGGUAACUCAAACUCUUAAUGAUUUGAAAAAAAUUGAUUGUGAUUUUCCCAGCAUCAAGCAAGCUGCUGAUAAUUUUUUGACAUGGGCAAACAGUAAAUUAAAAACAGUAGAAAACACCUCUAUCCAAAUCCAUGACAGUAUAAGAUCAUUUCGACCAAGAAAAAAAUCGAAGCAAUUUUCUUAUGAAUCAACUGAUAACCCAAUCGAAGAUCCAUUGCAUUCGUAUACAGUAAAUGUGCAUAAUAUAAUAUUUGACUCAGUUAUCCAAAGUAUUGUAGAACGUUUUGAAAAGCACAAACAUUUAUAUGCUGACUUCAAUUGUUUGGAUCCAAAUAAUUUUUGUAUUGAUGAACCUCUACCAGAAGAUUCACUAAAAAAUGGAGAAGAUAAUGAACAAAAUUAUAUGGAUAAUGAAAGAUGCUCUCAUAAUUCUGAUGAAACAAAGGAAAAGUGCUGCGUUGUUUGUUGUUUUAGCGUAAUAGUUAAUUAUAAUUUAUUUAGUAAUGCUUACCCAGUUCUGUAUUUUACAUAUAAAUUGUUACUUACAUUUUCAAUCACUCAAGUAGGAUGUGAACGUAGUUUUUCAAAACUUAAGUAUGUUAAAAAUUAUUUAAGAAAUUCAAUGUCACAAGAAAAUUUAGAAAGUUUUAUGUUAAUGUGUGUUGAAAAAGAAAUGUUAACUGAAAUUAACCCUAAUGAUAUAAUUGAUAAGGUGGCUGCACAUAGGAAAUUUGCCAAAAAAUAUAUGAGUAAUAUACAAAGAAUAAGAGAUAAUACUUUUAACAGAAGGAAGAGAUUAUUCUCGUCAGAAUAA